AUGAGUACGUUCGAUGAGCCGUCCCUAUUCCCUACGGCAACUUCAUCUAUAAUGAAUCUAUUGCCCAGUCGAAGUCAAACCAGCUAUACGGCAGUGACAACCAAUCACGAUUUGCUCUUCUCAGUGGUCGUUGAUAAUUAUGCACGAAUUCGUGGCGAACAAAUGGAGGAGCCGGCUGGAGCGAUCAAAUUUGAUUUCGAUAUGAUCAACCUGAUCAUCCAUCCUCAAACCGAUGAGUUGGGUGGAACGGUGGUUGUUGUGUAUGGUGAGGCGAAGAUUUGGGCAUCCGAAUGGGUUUAUACAACACAGUUGAGAAUUAAAACGGGCACUGCAGAUCGCAAGACCCCAAUUCGUCUGGUUGACAAAGGUCUAUUCCGGAUUGGCAAGUGGCUACCACCAAUUAAGCUGCGAGUGGUGGAUUCGGCCGUGAAACGCAUCAAACUCGAAUUCAAAUUCACUAAUAUGUUAUAUGAGCAGCUGCCCUACUUCCAUGCUGGCGAUGUGGUGUUGCAAUUCAAAGGUGGCACCACGCUUUGUGCAGAUAAAAACUUGCUAGCACUGCACUCCAGAUAUAUGGGUGAGUUCAGAGCUUGCUUGUCCUCAGCGUCAUUGCUUUACGAAGCAGCAGAUGGAGCCAUCAUAGAUAUGGGUGAUUUUGAAAUGGAGGCUUUCCGUGAGCUGCUCUAUCAAAUCUACGCCACAAGGCGACCUAUCGAAACGGAUUUGCCACGGAUUGCACGAGCUGCAAACGCCUACCGAGCCGAUAUCAUAUUGUCCAAGCUGACAACGCAUAUCCGGGCGCUGGAUGUCAGUAGUUUCCGCUGA